AUGAAUGAUUUUUCACGUUUCCUGCCUAUGCUGGACCAGCUUAUGAGAUUGGAUUAGGUUUAUUCAAUGUGAUUAAAGCAAUGAAAGAAGAAAAGGCAGCAAUGAAGGCACUAUUUGUUGCGGAGUGUUCUUUUUUUGCCUUCUGCCGAUCAGCUGUUAAAUGGGAUGACAGCUGAAUUUAGUGACAAAGGAAGCAAUUGCUAAAUGGCAGAAGUUGAUGUUUAUAAAUUCUUUCUCGAUUUCUUGCAGGAUUCCAAUGCUUUCCAAGGGACGCAUGCCACUAACGCCUUGUACAUGUUGCACAAAUUCAUAACUGGAUGCGAGCAACUUCCACCAUUAGGAUUACCAAAACCCAUAACGGUUAAAUUCAAGCAUGGAUGUACGGAAGGGUGCAAGUGUCGGCCAACUGCAUCAACUUGUGAUCUAAGCAUUACAUUGCCUGUUCAUUAUAGAGAUAGUUACAACCAACUAAAAGAGGCAAUUGACUCUGCACUUAUCGAAAGAAAUGGAUUUGCUUUCAUUUAAUAAUGAUAAUUGUAUUUUAUCAUUUACAGGGGAAUAGCAAUCAACGGGAGUGUUAACCGUAAAAACAUUCAUAAUUUUUAAUGGUAACAACUGCAUUAUUAGUUAUUAGUUAAGUUCAUAUUUAAUUGUUUUGUUAACAAAAACGUUAGGCAACAAUGAAUCCAAUUUGAAGCGUGUUAUCAAUCUUUCAUGUUAGUACUCUAAAGCUCUUGUUACGAAAGAGCAAUGCAUUUUGGCAUAUGUAAUGAACAUUAAAUUUCAUCACAAAAGGAA